CAAGUUUCUUGCACACCUCAGUCAUGGCAUUCUCGGUGAGGUGUACGGUUGUUUUAUGUCUACUAUGGAAAUCUACAGGAGGAGACAUGUUCGAGGACUUGGUACCCAGCUUCAUGUCACGGAUGAAGGGGGUACGUGAGGUGCUGCUGCCCGUGCCCGAAGAAACCCUGAAGGAAGGCCUGUACUAUGCCGCUAGCAACUACAUCCCUCUGGACUCAGAGACCGAACUUUGCCGCAACCAUAGCAACUUCAUGUUCGAGAGCUUCCUCAACUUUGACUUGUGGGCGCUCAAGAUGGUCGAUGCUUCUUCUAAACUUCCAUCAGGUAUACUUGACGGGUGUACCAAAGACAUUGGUAAUUACGACCAGUGUCUGUCUGUGGAAGCUCCAGGAAAGCUUUUCAGUGGACAGCUGUGCGUUGUAGAAGUCACCGGUUUUCUUCCUGAUCUUGGCACCAAAUUGCAGGAGCGUCCUUUCGGGUUUUUUGGAGGAGACUUCUUGUUCUCGGUCUGCGUGCCCUCCUCCUGCACCGCCCAAGACGUUAAGACUCAUCUUGAUCUUACCCUCAACUCUAUCAACGCCUCUGCCACCAUCAGUGAUUCGAGCUGUUCCUCCAAUAUUCCUGUACCUCUAGAAACUAAAGAAUGGAUAGCCAUACUCGUGAUUGUUGCCAUCGUCAUGCUUGUAGCACUGAGCACUGCAUAUGAAACUUCUAGCAUGGAACGUGACAAGAACACUCUCCUGUGCGCCUUCUCCCUAAAGACAAACGGUCACCAGAUGCUAUCUACCCGAACUACCCCCGCAGCCCUAACCUGCCUCAACGGUCUUCGGGUUCUCGCAAUGUUUUGGGUGAUUGUAGGCCACAGGAUGUUUGCGAUGCUAACUUUUCCUGCUCUUCGAUCCAAAACCAUCUUAGAAAAAAUUGACGAGCUCGUCAUGGCUCCCAUAGAGAACACCCAGCUGUCCGUGGAGAUAUUCUUCCUCAUGUCAGGGAUACUGGUGACCUACGGAUUUUUAAGAUACAUGAAGAAAGGUCACAAGUUCAAUCUUCUUUAUUUCUACAUGUAUAGAUAUUGCAGGCUAACACCGGCUCUGGCUAUGAUGGUGUUGCUUUACGCUACGAUCGCCAUUCGCUUCGCAGACGGGCCAGUGUGGGGAAAGUUCUUCGACAUGCUCAACUCCGGCUGUCGUUACGAUUGGUGGGCCACACUCCUUUACAUCAACAACUACUACUACAAUAACCAAUUGUGUAUUUCCCAGUCCUGGUUCAUGUCUUCGGACUUCCAGUUGUAUCUGUUCUCUCCGAUCCUGUUGAUACCACUGCACAAGAAGCCCAAGCUGGGGUUUACUGCUCAUUGCAAUAUUCACUGUUAUAACUACCCUCGCUGGUCUUUGGAACGCCAUUGCCAAAGACCUGAAGGGUGGAAAUUUAUCUAGAGAGAGUUUUGAGAAGGACUACAUAGUGACACACUUGCGAGCAGCUACCUUCUUUAUAGGCAUGGCCCUGGGCUACGUCCUCUUCAAGCUCAAGCAAGGGGAACUCAUCCUGAAGCUAUCCAGA